AGCCAGAAAAGGAUAACCCCGAAGAAAAUCAAAUUAGCCAUAUAUGGGUUGGAAUUUAAUCAACCAAACCCAUAAUCAAAUCCUAAAUCCCAGAAAGCUUCGACAUUAAUGGGGAUGCCAUAUUCGUCCACUCCAUUUCCAAGCAAAUUGAAGAACAAACCAUUCCCACCAGCAUCGUUACCUGUUUCGUCCCUCCUCCUCCUCCUCCUCCUCCUCCAUGGAAUUCUGCUGUCUCUUCUCUGUCUCAUUGAGGGUUAGUCGAUGACCUUCCAAACGUAAACGACUGUUCGCGGAACCCAAAUUGGCACCGCCGGGUUUCGUCCAUUUCGCCAUGGAAGAAACAGGUGAAGUUCAACAUGGUGAAAGCAUAGCAUUGCACAAGGAGAGCAAUAAGAAGAAGGUUAAGACACCAUCACAACUUGAAGCAUUGAAAGAAAUAUAUAGAGUGAACAAGUAUCCAACAGAAGAAUUGAAAUUGCGACUCGCAGAGCAGUUAGGAUUGACAGAGAAGCAAGUUACCAAUUGGUUCUGCAACCGAAGGGUGAGGGACAAGAGGUUGCCAUCAAAAGAUGAAGUCCAUGGUGAUGGGCGGCAAGAUCAUUCAAGUGGAGUUAUUGUCCAGGACCGAGGAAGUGGUUUUGGGCAAGAUUCCAGUGGAAGCACCAAACAGGGGAAUCGUAGGCCUCCUGUUGAUUUAAGGGAUGUUGAAAGUAGAAGCCUUUAUGGGCAGGAUUCUCCUUCUGCAGAUCUCACCUAUGAGCUAAGAAGUCACUACCCAGGAAAUAUUAAUGGGGUUCAGGACACGUCUUCUGAGAGCAGUUCAGCUUUACAGGAGAGAUAUUGUUCUCGUAGUAUGGAUAAAUAUGGUGUGCAGGGUACUCAAUUCAUGAUUUCACAAGGGAUUCGUGUACCUCCUGGUUCAAAAACUGUCAAAGACAUGGGAAUUAACUAUAAGCCAUCUGGAUAUUUGAAAGUGCGGGUUGAAAUAGAAAAUGCUGCUAUUACUACCGUUAAGAGGCAGCUCGGGAGGUAUUAUCGGGAGGAUGGUCCACCACUCGGUGUGGAGUUUCAGCCUCUUCCUCCUGGUGCAUUUGAGUCUGCAGGCAGACAAUCAGCUCUCGAAUCUUAUUAUGAUGAGGACCCUGCUUUGUCACAUUCGCCAAAUAUCCACCUAGUCCAUCAUCCAUCCCAUAUGAAUGCUAGGCCGGAAUAUCCUGAUUGGAAAGCCAAAAAAUCUUAUGAGGAAGCUCUAAACUCCAGCCCCGUGGAUAGUUUUGAUGACUAUGAGGAUCAACCUCGCCACCGUUCAAAACAAAAACAAAAAUGUUCAUUUUCCGAUCGCUCUGGUUAUCUUGCUGGCACAAACUCUUCUCUGGACAUGCAAGACCAUAUAGUGGGUGAUGAUUUUGUUAAUGGCGGUGGAAGGAACCAUAAGAGGAACUAUAAUCAUACUGAUGAAGUGAUAAGGUCUGAUCAUCUUUGGAGCAGUGUGGCAGGAGAGCCUCAGCUUUAUGAGUGUGAGAAUGCUGAUCCCAUGGUUGUCCAAUGUAGCAAGAGGUCAAGGGAAAAGCUACCUCCUAACCCUGUCAUUCGGGGAAGUGACCCUACUAAUGUGGAGGGAGGAGGCCCAUCUAGAAGGAUCUCAAAGGCAAAACACCAUGGAGGAGAGGCGGCGAACAAAGGACAUUUCAAACCGGUCAGGGAAAGAGCCCACCCGCCAAAGGAAAUGAUGAUAUACUGCAGAGAUGCAAUCGUGCUUGAGCGAUGAUGAGACUGCCUGUACGAACUCUUCCUUGGAUUAAGAUGGAUCCCUGAUUGCUGAUAAAAGGUAGAAAGCCCUCUACAAGGUAGUGCUGCUGCUUUCUUGGAACUUCAUCGGAGAUAGCUACUUUGGGAAAGACUUUCUUUUUGUACUCUUUAUUAGAAGAGAUACCAAGAUGGAAGACCAGGGUCGAGAGCUAGCUCUCAUUCUUCUGAAAGCCGGAACAUUUUGUAUAGUCUUUGGCUGUGUUGUAGCUGUCGGCUUUUGAAAUUGCUUCAGCCCCUGCAGACGUUAUCCCUGCUUCUACCUUUCUGACUUAGAAAGUAGAAUCCAGGCUCAAAGCUCGAUUCCCCGAUGUAAAUCUUAGUCUGGAUGUUAUCUUUUUGUUAGUUGUGAAUUGUUUUUCGCAGGAUGACUGAAGUAGGUAAUCUAUUUGUAACAGUCUGCCGGAAUAUGUAAAUUCAUUGGGAUAAAAAGGGUGCUAAAACCCAAAGGUCUUUGUGUUCUUCAUUUGCACCAUCUCGUUCCUCCUUCAGGUUCCAUUUCUUCGUUCGGAUAAUGAAAACAGAAGGCUGGAAGACUUUAGUCUGGCCCUUUU